AUGAUUGCCUACCCAGCCUUUCGCAAGCAGGUCCGUCGCGCUUGGUCAGGUAGAAACUCCGGCCGAAGGGUCAACCGCACCUACAGCGACCAUGAAGCUGCCAACCCUGGGCUCUACUACGAGGGAUCCCCGCUGCUUCGCGUACCACCCGUGGAUGAGGAGCGCCAUGAAUUCAUAAGGCGCUUAUUUGAUGGCACAAGCACGCCUGGCAAAGACAGCCCGAAUCGUCUGAUCAAAUGGCCAGCAAAUACUUUCCAUGUCACGAAGGUUACGCUAAUGAGCAACUACGUCAACGUCCUUCUCCCAUUCGUGCCAUUGGGUAUUAUUGCCGGCGUGCUUGGUUGGAGCCCUGCGGCUGUGUUCUCCCUAAACUUCAUCGCCAUUAUUCCCCUGGCAGCGGUGUUAUCCUUUGCUACGGAAGAGAUUUCCAUCCCACUUGGCGAGACAUUAGGAGGGCUGCUGAAUGCCACUUUUGACAACGCAGUUGAGCUCAUCGUGAGUAUCGUCGCCCUAAAGAAAAACCAAAUCGAAGUCGUGCAGUCGUCAAUGCUUGGUUCCAUUCUAUCCAAUCUUCUUCUUGUCAUGGGCAGUAGCUUCCUGCUCGGCGGCCUUGUCAACAUGAAGGAUGACUCAGGCAACGGCACCGAGCAGACCUUCACCAGUGCGAUGGCACAAACGACAUGCUCCUUGUUAGCGCUGUCAGCCGCCUCAAUGAUCAUUCCCGCCACUCUCUACAGCAUCCUCGACAGCUCGGAUCAGCAUGGUAAAACCGAAUCCAUCCUUUGGCACUCACGCGGGACGGCCAUCAUGCUUCUUAUCCUGUACGCCCUGUAUCUGUGCUUCCAGUUGCGGACGCACAAGAAUCUAUUCAGCGAGGGGAGUGGUGGAACUUCCUCCCUUGACGAGGGAGGGGACGACCCUGAAUCAGUAAUGAGUCCUUGGUCUGCUGCAGCGGUACUGGUUGCCGUGACCGUUGUUAUCUCCUUCCGUGCAGACUACCCGGUUGGCAGUAUCGACAGCAUCGCCAAAGACGCGCAUACUAGCAAGAGCUUUAUUGGCUUGAUCCUGAUCCCCAUUGUCGGCAACGCAGCCGAGCAUGCCACGGCGUGUGUGAUGGCUGUAAGGAAUAAGAUGGAUUUGGCCACGGGUGUUGCAAUCGGAUCCAGCAUCCAGAUUGCGCUGCUGGUUACGCCGUUGCUGGUUGUCUUGGGUUGGGCAAUAAAUGUGCCGAUGGGUCUAAAUUUCAAUAUUCUUGAGACAGUUAUCUUCACUGUAUCUGUUUUAGUCAUGACGGGCACGGUGCAGGAUGGGAAAUCUAACUAUUUGGAGGGAGCCAUGCUUGUGGGACUCUAUAUUAUCAUCGCUUUGACAUUCUGGGCUAUCCCUACUGGAGUUUUGGGAAAAGUUACGGGCUAA